GUCGCGCACGCAACUGUAGGCUGAGCGAAUCCCCAUUUUUUCUCACCACAGUGACGUUUUUUGACGGAGGAAGGUUGUGUGCGAGACGGGACAUACAGUAUGAGAAGCCCCUAUGACACGUAAGGGUAUUUUGCACGGCCCUCUGAUGAGCAAGAACUGAAGACAACAACGCGCUGUCAUCCUCUCAGCCGUUGCCAUGACGACAGACGAGGCAGAGAGCCAGCAGAAGAAACCGAGGCAGCAGGGAGAGCCGGAAGCGCAGGACCCUGGGCCCUCGGAGCCCCAGGAAGCCUCCCCCGUCACCCCCCAGAGCCCCGGCUCGCCCUCCCCCGAGGAGGAGCAGCUGAAGCCACGCACCCGCACCUCCGCCGGCCGGGGCCUCUCGCGCCUCUUCUCCUCCUUCCUGAAGAGGCGCUCACAGUGCGAGGGGGAGGCCGGAGAGAAGGACCACAAGGGGGAGGACGAGCCCAAGGCCCCCAUUGCUGACCCGGAGCCGGAGCUGAGGCUGGAGGGCGACGCCGCGCUGGACCAGCACUCAGUCAGCAGUGUGGAGGCUCAGCCUGUCCAGGUAGACCAGAAGGAAGACCCUGACACUGAGAAAGAGUCAGAGGACGAGGGGGAAAAGGAGAAAGACAAGGAGAAAGGAGAGGACAGUGAGCAGGAGAAGGAGAAGGAGGAGGACGAGGAGUCCAAGCCGGAGGGAGAGGCCGAAGGAGAGGGAGAAGGAGAGGGAGAGGGAGAAGAGAAGGCUGCAGAGGACGAAGUCAAACCUCCCAAAGCCCCCCGUCGACCCAAGAUCAUGCAGUGCAAAGUCACAUUGCUGGACGACACUCUGUAUGAGUGUGAGCUGGACAAACAUGCCAAGGGCCAGGAUCUCUUCUCCAAGGUGUGUGACCAUCUUAAUCUUAUGGAGAGGGACUACUAUGGCCUGGCCAUCUGGGAGACACCCUCCAUGAAGACCUGGAUGGACUUCACCAAGGAGAUCCGCAGACAAGUGCAUGGCACUACCUAUGACUUUACCUUCAAUGUGAAGUUCUACCCUCCUGACCCCGCCCAGCUCUCUGAAGACAUCACCAGGUACUUUCUGUGUCUGCAGCUGCGUAAGGACAUCCUGGCCAGCAGGCUGCCCUGCUCCUUCGUCACGCUGGCCCUGCUGGGCUCCUACGCCCUGCAGUCGGAGCUGGGGGAGUACGACCCCGAGGUGCACGGGACGGACUACGCCAAGGACCUGCGCCUGGCUCAGGGCCAGACCAAGGAGCUGGAGGAGAAGGUGAUGGAGCUGCACCGCACAUACAGGGCGAUGAGUCCAGCGCAGGCAGACAUGAUGUUCCUGGAGAAUGCCAAGAAACUCUCCAUGUACGGGGUGGACCUUCACCAGGCUAAGGACCUGGAUGGGGUGGACAUCAUGCUGGGAGUGUGUUCCAGUGGUCUGAUGGUUUAUAAGGACAAGCUGAGGAUCAAUCGUUUCCCCUGGCCCAAAGUCCUCAAGGUUUCAUACAAACGCAGCAGCUUCUUCAUCAAGAUUCGUCCCUCAGAGAUGGAACAGUAUGAAAGCGCCAUUGGCUUCAAACUGCCAAACUACAAGGCCUCCAAGAAGCUUUGGAAAGUUUGUGUGGAGCAUCAUACCUUCUUCAGGCUGACAUCCACCGAGGUGGCUACUACUCCCAGGAAGUUCCUGGCGCUGGGCUCCAAGUUCCGCUACAGCGGCCGGACCCAGGCCCAGACACGCCAGGCCAGCUCCAUGAUCGACAGGCCGGCCCCGCUGUUCCAGCGCUCGUCCAGCAAGAGAAACUCCAGGAGUCUUGAUGGAGCCGGAGGUAAGUAUCCUCCUGUACUUCAGUUCACCCGAGCGAGGACAGAAGAGGACGACUGGUUCUGUUUAAUGGAUGCUGGACGGUUUCCACCCACCCUCUACCCCUCUGUGACCACUCCCCUGCCGCCUCAAACUGCCGGUUCAUUCAUAAAAGAGCCAGGAGAGUGGAGGGAGGAUUCCAACAUCACGGCAGACGCCUCCUCCUCCUCCUUCAUCUUCCUCUCCUCCAACCCACGCCCUGCUCCCUCAGUCUUGUCUCAAGCCAAGCGGCAGCACCGUCCAAUCAACAAACCAGCACAGUACAGAGAAAAACCUCACGUCACCACGGUAACAGGGACGAGGAGCUGGACACAUCCAGAAUUCACAGAGGAGGAUGAUUGGUUUGUGUUGCUGGAUCGCACCCCGGUGCGCCCCCUACAGGUCUCGAGAGCCACUCGGGUCUGGCAUGUCCCAGUGUCAGGCUCUGCUCGCACCCCUCCCAGAAUGGUGCUGAAGAUCAUUCAUAACUCUCCCACCAAGAGAAUCAGGUUUCUUGAAGCCCCACCUAAACAGACAUGGGUGUGGAUCUCAGAAGAUGAUUGGUUUGGGCUAUUGGACCAUGUCUGUGUGAUCCCUCUUGAAGUCGCCCCUACGAGGAGAGCCCCACCUCCGGCCUAUCCCAGCGCCGCUCCUCCUCCUGACACGGUACCAGGUACCAUCCGCAGGGCCUCCCAGCGGAGGCGGCGGGCUGCAGAGGAAGGGGGGGGAGGUGGUGGUGCGAAUGUAAGGAGCAGCCCGUGGCCUGCAGACCCGGUGGAGGACACACUGCUCCAGACCCUGCAGGACCUGUGGCUGUGUCACCAGAGCGUCGCUCAGCUGCAGAAGCAGUGGAGGGCUGUGAGCCACAGCCUCAGGGAGAAGUGGGAGCAGGCUGCCCGGCAGACAGGCCUGGUCCCGGGGAAGGACUGGGGCCUGGAGACCAAGAGGCUGGCCUUGCUGGAGGAGGAGGCUGGCAGGCUGCAGCAGCAGGUGGAGCUGGAGCUGGGCGGGGCCAGGAAGAGGACUAGGGCUCUGGAGGAGAAGAUUUGGCAGCUCCAAUCCUACGUUCAGAGGCAGGAUGACCUCUGGUAUAUCCUGCUCGACCUUGACCCUCCCAGACCUCUCACCUUACCUCCAGUGUUAGUAAAGGAUGACUGGUUUGAGUUGUUGGAUCGCUCUCCUCCACCAGAGCCCGGCCCUUCCCUGAUUCCCACAGCCAUGGCAUCCACCCCGGAUAAGAACACCCGCCCCGUCAGCGCCCCCAUCAUGACCCCUGUGUCCCCAGUGGAGGCGGCCCCCUCCCCCGUGACCUCCGCUCUGCCGCGGGGCGGGGAGCGCCGGCAGGCCUCCACCCCGACGAGACGGCGGUCUCGCUCUGCGGAGAGGAAGGCUGAGAGCCGUGUGGCUGGCUCCACCAAGACACACAGCCCCAGGCCUGAGUCCACCCCAGACAUCAAGACGGUGGCCAGGAGAGAGCGGAGACACGCCCCCGCUGUCACAGCCACCAACGGAGAAAGGGAAAGAAAGCAGUCGCCCCGAGACAGAACCAGCACGGAGAUGGUGCGAGUGAGGAAGAAAAGAGCUAAGAAACUUGAGGGUGAAACUAUUUAUAUCAGACAUAGCAAUUUAAUGUUGGAGGAUCUGGAUAAGACCCAGACAGAAAUCAUGCGUCACCACACCAGCAUCAGUGAGCUGAAAAGGAGCUUCAUGGAGUCCGUGCCAGACCCCAGGCCCAGCGAGUGGGACAAACGCCUGUCCACCAACUCACCGUUCCGCACCGCCAGCAUCAACGGCCAGCUGCAGCCGGACGGGGUGAGGACACCCACCCGUUCACCUGCAUACAGAGUAGUUGGUGGCAUGUCAGAGAGCCCUGUGAUGAAGACGCAAACCAUCACUAUCUCUGACGUCACCAACUCGGUGCGAGGCACAAUAGACAACAAAGAGAUCCCCAUUGUGCACACCGAGACCAAGACCAUCACAUACGAGUCAGCACAGCCCGUGGACAGCCUGGCAGAGCGGGACACUGGGAUGUUGCUAAGUGCCCAGACCAUCACCUCAGAGACAGUUAGCACCACCACCACCACGCAGAUCACCAAGACAGUGAAAGGAGGGAUAUCAGAGACUCGCAUCGAGAAGAGGAUUGUCAUCACUGGAGACACUGAGAUCGAUCAUGAUAAGGCUCUGGCUCAGGCCAUAAAGGAGGCCAAGGAGCAGCAUCCAGACAUGUCUGUCACCAAAGUGGUCGUGCACCAGGAAACAGAGAUCACUCCAGAGUAGGCCCCACCACACCCCAGCCACACUGCCAGUGGAAACAGGGCACCAGGAACAGAAACACAUGCAGCUCUUGCCCACCCUUCCCCGAUCGUGUCCCCUCUCCUACACGUUUACCUCAGAACCCCUCCCCCCAUCAACACCCCCAUCCCCAACCUCACUGCCUUGGACAGACACACCAGACCAGAUCUUCUAACUGCCAAAACCUGAAUGACCGAACGACAUCAAACUAUCUUUUUCUAAGUGUAAUGAAGUUAAAGAAAUAACAUUAUUUGACUUUUUCACCUCUCCAAUUUGUCUGGAGAUUUUAAGGAAAUUUCCGAGGGCAUUCGAUCUUUUAGUCAUGUCGAGACUUUGUUGAUAUUUUUCUAUGGCUUUUCUUACCGCUGUAAUUGGUUAUCAAUAUCUUCAAGUUUUGAGGGAACAUUCUGGAAGGCAGGAUUGUGGGUGAUUGAUCUGAGACUCUCCACUAUCACAAAGAUGAAUUCCUCUUCAAGUUUAAAACACAACUGAGUUUGGUGUCAUCUCUUGUACAGUAAAAGUUUAUUUUAUUUUCCCCUCUCAAUGUCAAAAAUAUUUUUUCAAUUUAAGUGUAAAAAAGAUUGAUCAAAACUGGGGGGGACCUUAGAGUGUUUCUCCUCUUUUGAACGUAAUUAUCUGGUGAAUGAUAUUUUCAUAGAUUUAUUAUUUUAGUUGUCAUUGUUGUAGUCAAUCGAGUAGCUAAGGAUUCAGGAGAAGGAAGUGUAUUUAAAAAAGCAUAAUUUCAUUCAUUUAUUUAUUUUCAUCUCUGUCUUACUUUUGUGAAAGUGUCCAGCAUUUAGAUGACCCGUCUGUUCACCACUGGUCUAUAGUAACAUGUUUUUGUAUUAGGUCACAUCACAGAGCAUUCCAGUCACCAGCUACAGCUGGGUUUUUUGGUGGGGGGGGGGGCAUGGCAGAGGCAACUUGAUGUCCUGCAUUCAUUUGUAUGUAUUUCUACUUUUCUACCAAAGGGGGCAGUGUGUACACAUCCACAGAGAGGAACAAGCAUAAAGCAUACAGUCUUUCUGCAGACAGUUUAUCCAUGCCAAACCCAAACAGGAUUGGGAUUAAUUAGGGUUGAUGUGAUGCAGAGAGCAGCCAUGAUGGGUGACAAAGUAACUGAUAAAUGAGAAACAAGCAGCAAACAGAGACCCACAUGACAGUGGAUAUAAACCUUUCUAGAGAUCUCUGUACGUACAGUAGCCAUGAUGCUAGAAACUGAAGUUUGACAACAUUUUUGUAAAGAUUUCUAUUCUUUUUACCUUUUAUCUUUGAGAUGCAAUGAUUUGGAUUAAAUGAAUUGACCCACAAGUGAUGUACACACUGUCCCUUCAAGCAUUACCGACAUUUAAGCUAAGAUGACAGACAGCACAUACAGUUUGUAAAUGUUUGGUCUAUUUUAACAUGAUGCUUUUAUAGUACAAAUAGUAUUCUGUACAGAAGCCGAUGUGUUGUAGUUCCUUUGGCGUGUUGUCCUCUUAGCUGUGGCACUCCCUUUUCUGCAUUAGUCUGAAAUGAGAGUUGAGACCAGCAAACACAGGUCCGUAGCGCACUUCCUCUGUCUCUCUCACUCUCCCUCUCUCCCUCUCCCUCUCUUUGUUUCUCUGUCUGUGUCAUCACUGGAGGAGAUGAUGUAAUAAAAGAGCACCAAGCACUGAAUAAAAACAAACGUAGACACA